AUGUGCGGGAGAUUCAAGCAGGUGCGGAUAGAUGAAGAUCCUAUCGAUGAAGCUGAAGAACCUGAAGACGAAGCCGAAGAACCUGAUGACGAUUCUGAUAGAGAUGAUGAAGAAUACGAUCCUGCGAAUGAGUCGGGCACAGAUUCCGAUGCCUCUGAGGAUUUAGACGAUGAUCUGAUAGAGUUCACGACAGCCGAGCGAGCAGUGGACGCCACGGCUUCGCUCGUUGCUCGCGAGAGUGACCUGGCCAGAGUUGAUGAAUUGGGGAAGAAUUCUUUUUACAACAGUAAAGAAGAACUGGUCCUUGCUGUUGGCUUGUGGAAUAUGAAGCAAGGCAUUGAGGCAAAAGUUGACCGCUCAGAUCAGGGACGCCUCUAUUUCAAGUGCAAGCCCUCUAAGAAGUGCAAGUUCCAUUUGCGUGCAUCUUGUCAUGGCGAAGAGAUGUGGGGAGUGCAUAAGUUCAAAGAGCUUUCAUGCGAAGGAGAACUGGGUAGAUUGAAACCAAUCAAGGCACACUUGAAUGUGGUUGCUGCUUAUGUGGCGAAAAGAAUACGUGAUGAUGGAGAGAUCAUUAAGCCGAAAUCUAUUGUGGCGGAGUUGAUACGUGAAUUCGGCGUCAUAAUCAAAUAUGGUGUCGCGCUGCGUGCAAGAAAUCUCGGGCUCGAGAUGAUAUACGGUCGAAUUGAUGAUUCGUUCCUUCUGCUGCCAAAAUAUCUUCAUGCCCUACAACAAGCGAAUCCAGGCACCUUGAUAGAUUUGGAAGUGGACGAAAACUACUGGUUCAAAUAUCUGUUUGUUGCUCUUGGGGCUUCCAUCUCACCUUUCUACUUUCAUCUUCGACCAGUGAUUGUGGUCGACGGUACACACCUGAAGGGGAAGAACAAUGGUAUUUUGUUCGUCGCCGUGGCAAAAGAUGGAAACGAGCAAGUUUUUCCCUUGGCAUUUGGUGUCGGUCCGAUCGAGAAUGAUGAGUCCUGGAAGUCAUUCCUGUCACAUGUGAGGCAAGCUUGCGGCCAGCCCAACAACUUAAUCGUUGUCUCUGAUGCGCAUAUCUCCAUUGCUAAUGCUGUGAAGAGCGAGUUAUCGAAUGCUACUCAUGGAAUUUGCUACUAUCACUUGUUGAACAAGAUCAAGGGUUACGGGCAAGCUGUUGUAGAGCUUUUCCGCCAGGCUGCAUACGCCUACGAGCACUCAGAGUUUACACGUACAAUGUCGUCUAUGGCUCAGUUGAAGCCGAUGGCGUACGAGAAGUUGAUGCGUGUAGGCCCUGAGAAGUGGGCGCGAUCACAAUGUCCGGUGAAUCGCUAUAGUUUUCUUACAUCCAAUGCUGCCAAGUCUUUGAAUGCACGUUUGUUGUGGGCCAGACGUCUUCCCAUAUGCUCCAUGUUAGAGGCAAUCAGGAUAGUUCUGGAGCACUGGUUCAAUGACAGACUUGCGGCCGCACAAGAGAGCGACGACAUUCUUGCUCUACCGAGUCAUUCAGCUCUGCUCUGCCGAGUUCGUUUAUACUAA